UUUACUGCACUAUAUGCUUCCUAGAAAGAGAGAAGGUCAAGGAGACGUUGUAGAAGGAGAGACUGAAAACAACAAUAACAGCAACACUAUAAAAUACGUCUCCGUCACGUCGCCGGUCAAGAAGCAUCGUAUCUCUGACACCGCUGCAGCUGAUUCGACAGUUAACGACGACACCUUUGCCAUAAGGAACAGUAGCGGUAGCAGUAGCGUGGUCGAGCCAGCCAUGGCUCCGGGUGACUCGAAUCAUAAUGAUAUAGACGAGGAUCUGCACAGUAGGCAGCUUGCCGUGUAUGGCCGUGAGACGAUGCGGCGGCUUUUUGCCUCUAAUGUACUCGUCUCGGGGAUGCAGGGGCUCGGUGCUGAAAUUGCAAAGAAUCUCAUUCUUGCUGGUGUCAAGUCUGUGACCUUGCAUGAUGAAGGAGUGGUGGAGCUGUGGGAUAUGUCCAGUAAUUUUGUUUUCUCCGAGGAUGAUGUUGGUAAGAACAGGGCACUUGCUUCUGUGCAGAAGUUGCAGGAGCUAAACAAUGCUGUUGUCAUUUCUACCUUAACAACAAAGUUGACAAAAGAGCAACUUUCUAAUUUCCAGGCUGUUGUAUUCACUGAUAUUAGUCUUGAGAAAGCCAUUGAGUUUAAUGACUACUGCCAUAACCAUCAACCUCCCAUUUCCUUCAUCAAGUCUGAAGUAAGAGGCCUCUUUGGCACUGUCUUUUGUGACUUUGGUCCUGAGUUUACUGUUUUUGAUGUUGAUGGAGAGGAACCACACACGGGUAUAAUUGCAUCCAUCAGCAAUGACAAUCCUGCCCUAGUAUCAUGUGUUGAUGAUGAAAGGCUGGAGUUCCAGGAUGGGGAUCUUGUUGUGUUUUCUGAAGUUCAUGGAAUAACGGAACUUAAUGAUGGAAAGCCAAGGAAGAUUAAAAGUGCUAGGCCCUACUCAUUUACUCUUGAGGAGGACACCAUAGCUUUUGGUACAUAUGUGAAAGGUGGCAUUGUAACACAGGUGAAACAACCCAAAAUGUUGAACUUCAAGCCACUGAGGGAAGCACUUAAAGAACCUGGUGAUUUCCUUCUUAGUGACUUUGCAAAGUUUGACCGCCCCCUUCUCCUGCACAUAGCAUUCCAAGCUCUGGAUAAAUUUAUUUCUGAUUUUGGCCGCUUUCCUGUUGCUGGAUCAGAAGAGGAUGCCCAAAAGCUUGCCUCAAUUGCUGCUAAUAUCAAUGAGUGCCUUGGAGAGGGGAAAGUGGAAGAUAUUAAUCCCAAGCUUCUGAGGCAAUUUGCCUUUGGUGCCAAGGCAGUACUGAAUCCCAUGGCUGCCAUGUUUGGAGGAAUUGUGGGACAAGAGGUUGUCAAAGCAUGUUCUGGAAAAUUUCAUCCUCUUUUUCAGUUCUUCUAUUUUGACUCAGUGGAGUCUCUUCCUGCUGAGCCCUUGGACCCCAGUGAUUUUAAACCAUUGAAUAGCCGUUAUGAUGCACAAAUAUCGGUUUUUGGCUCCAAGCUUCAGAAAAAGCUGGAGGAUGCAAAAGUGUUUAUGGUUGGAUCUGGGGCACUAGGCUGUGAAUUCUUGAAAAAUUUAGCAUUGAUGGGCGUUUCAUGUGGUAGUCAGGGCAAGCUAACAAUCACUGAUGAUGAUGUUAUUGAGAAGAGCAACCUCAGCAGGCAGUUUUUGUUCCGGGAUUGGAACAUUGGGCAAGCUAAAUCAACUGUUGCUGCUUCUGCAGCUGCAUCCAUCAAUCCUCGGCUUAAAAUCGAAGCCUUGCAAAACCGUGUGGGUCCUGAAACUGAGGGCGUGUUUAAUGACACCUUCUGGGAGAAACUAACAGUGGUCAUUAAUGCAUUAGAUAAUGUCAAUGCUAGGCUGUAUGUUGAUCAGAGGUGCUUAUAUUUCCAGAAACCACUUCUUGAAUCAGGAACUCUUGGUGCUAAAUGCAACACCCAAAUGGUGAUUCCUCAUCUAACUGAGAACUAUGGUGCCUCAAGAGACCCGCCUGAGAAACAAGCACCCAUGUGCACUGUGCACUCAUUUCCACACAAUAUUGACCACUGCUUGACAUGGGCCCGAUCCGAGUUUGAGGGCUUGCUCGAGAAAACUCCUGCCGAAGUGAAUGCCUAUCUAUCUAACCCGGUUGAAUAUGCCACUUCAAUGAAAAAUGCUGGUGAUGCUCAGGCUAAGGACAACUUAGAACGCGUCCUUGAGUGCCUUGACCGUGAAAAAUGUGAGACAUUCCAGGAUUGCAUCACCUGGGCUCGCUUAAGGUUUGAAGAUUAUUUCGUUAACCGGGUCAAGCAGUUGAUAUUUACAUUUCCUGAAGAAGCUGCAACCAGCACCGGUGCUCCCUUCUGGUCUGCUCCAAAACGAUUCCCACAUCCACUUCAGUUUUCAGCUGCUGAUACUAGCCAUCUCAACUUCAUAAUUGCAGCAUCUAUUCUUAGGGCCGAAACAUUUGGUAUCUCAGUCCCCGAUUGGGUCAAGAAUCCUAAGAUGUUGUCUGAGGCAGUCGAUAAAGUAAUAGUACCUGAUUUCCAGCCAAGGGAAGGUGUGAAAAUUGAGACAGAUGAGAAGGCCGCAAGUCUUUCCACUGCCUCUGUGGAUGAUGCAGCUGUUAUUAAUGAAUUACUCCUCAAGUUGGAACUUUGUAGGAACAAUCUGCCAUCAGGAUUCAGGAUGAAACCGAUCUCUUUCGAAAAGGAUGAUGAUACAAACUAUCACAUGGAUCUUAUUGCUGGGCUUGCCAACAUGAGGGCAAGGAACUAUAGUAUUCCUGAGGUGGAUAAGCUUAAAGCCAAGUUCAUUGCAGGGAGAAUCAUACCAGCAAUUGCCACAUCCACCGCUAUGGCGACUGGCCUCGUCUGCCUCGAGCUAUACAAGGUUCUGGACGGAGCACAUAAAGUGGAAGACUAUCGAAACACAUUCGCAAACUUAGCAUUGCCUUUAUUCUCUAUGGCCGAGCCAGUUCCACCCAAGGUCAUGAAACACCGUGACAUGAGCUGGACAGUAUGGGACCGAUGGAUCUUGAAAGAUAAUCCGACACUGAGGGAACUCAUUCAAUGGCUUAAAGAUAAGGGUUUGAAUGCUUACAGUAUAUCAUAUGGAAGUUGCCUGCUCUUCAACAGCAUGUUCCCGAGACACAAAGAGAGAUUGGACAAGAAAGUAGUUGACGUGGCUCGGGAAAUUGCCAAGGCAGAACUACCUUCUUACCGAUCCCACCUGGAUGUGGUGGUGGCAUGCGAGGAUGAUGAUGACAAUGAUAUCGACAUUCCUCAGGUAUCCAUCUACUAUGGCUGAGUUAUUUCGUUCGAACCUCCAAAUUAUUUAGAGUUGAGGAUGAGAAAAUUCUCAGAGCAGGCUGGCUUCCAUUCUGGUUUUAUAGUGAUUUGAGCAUACACAAUGGAGUACAUUGUGCAAACUUUAUAUGAAAUUUGAAGUACUUUUAGUUGCAGAAUAUUUAUAUAAUCUUGUCAUUUUACCUUUUCUUUUAA